GUGGCGGCGGCUUCGGCGGCUGCGGCGGCUGCGGCGGCUGCAACAGCUUCGGGCUCGGGGUUUUGGCGGCGGCGCCGGCGGGCUGGGCUGCGCGGUGCGGACCCCGGCGCGCGGUCCGGGUUGCUGGGGCGGCGCGUAAGAUGCCUCUAAUGGAGGAGUUUCUGAGCAGCACCCCUGGCCCAGUGGCUUUGAAAGGGAGCUCAAACCAGAGACUAUUUCAAGCCCUGGAUAUCAUAUCCUGAGGGCCACAGGAGAAGAGAACAUGGCUGUGAGUUUGGAUGACGACGUGCCGCUCAUCCUGACCUUGGAUGAGGGUGGCAGUGCCCCACUGGCUCCCUCCAACGGCCUGGGCCAAGAAGAGCUACCUAGCAAAAAUGGCGGCAGCUAUGCCAUCCACGACUCCCAGGCCCCCAGUCUCAGCUCUGGGGGUGAGAGUUCCCCCUCCAGCCCCGUACACAACUGGGAGAUGAAUUACCAAGAGGCAGCAAUCUACCUCCAGGAAGGCGAGAACAACGACAAGUUCUUCACCCACCCCAAGGAUGCCAAGGCGCUGGCGGCCUACCUCUUUGCACACAAUCACCUCUUCUACCUGAUGGAGCUGGCCACGGCCCUGCUGCUGCUGCUGCUCUCCCUGUGCGAGGCCCCCGCCGUCCCCGCACUCCGGCUUGGCAUCUAUGUGAGCGCACAUGCUCCUCAUACGGGAGGCUGGGAGCCACGGCUUUCAGGGCAAGCGACAGAACUCCAAAGAGGAACAUUCUGGGAGGGCAAACACUGCAAACGGACUUAAAACAGAGAGAUACGAGGCGAUCAUAGAGGCCUUCGGAGCGGAAAUGCCUGGGUGUCCCUGCUGGAGUGAAUGGCCUUCACCCAGUCUCUCUGGGAUUCUGCCCACCAGUAAAUUCCAGGGAGGGGAAGUGUCCCAGGCCCUGCUCAGGACCAGUGCCCACACCUUGGCUCCGGGUGGGGAGGGCACCCAGUGGACAGUCCCACUACUCUGUCUCCAGCCUCAAAGGAGAAGGCAGUUCGGUCCACGCCACCCUGGAGCUGUUCGCCCUGAUGGUGGUAGUGUUUGAACUCUGCAUGAAGUUACGCUGGCUGGGCCUCCACACCUUCAUCCGGCACAAGCGGACCAUGGUCAAGACCUCGGUGCUGGUGGUGCAGUUUGUCGAGGCCAUCGUGGUGUUGGUACGGCAGAUGUCCCAUGUGCGGGUGACCCGAGCACUGCGCUGCAUUUUCCUGGUGGACUGUCGGUAUUGCGGUGGCGUCCGGCGCAACCUGCGGCAGAUCUUCCAGUCCCUGCCCCCCUUCAUGGACAUCCUCCUGCUGCUGCUGUUCUUCAUGAUCAUCUUUGCCAUCCUCGGUUUCUACUUGUUCUCCCCUAACCCUUCAGACCCCUACUUCAGCACCCUGGAGAACAGCAUCGUUAGUCUGUUUGUCCUUCUGACCACAGCCAAUUUCCCAGAUGUGAUGAUGCCCUCCUACUCCCGGAACCCCUGGUCCUGCGUCUUCUUUAUCGUGUACCUCUCCAUCGAGCUGUAUUUCAUCAUGAACCUGCUUCUGGCUGUGGUGUUCGACACCUUCAACGACAUUGAGAAACGCAAGUUCAAGUCUUUGCUACUGCACAAGCGAACCGCUAUCCAGCAUGCCUACCGUCUGCUCAUCAGCCAGAGGAGGCCUGCCGGCAUCUCCUACAGGCAGUUUGAAGGCCUCAUGCGCUUCUACAAGCCCCGGAUGAGUGCCAGGGAGCGCUAUCUUACCUUCAAGGCCCUGAAUCAGAACAACACACCCCUGCUCAGCCUAAAGGACUUUUACGAUAUCUACGAAGUUGCUGCUUUGAAGUGGAAGGCCAAGAAAAACAGAGAGCACUGGUUUGAUGAGCUUCCCAGGACAGCGCUCCUCAUCUUCAAAGGUAUUAAUAUCCUUGUGAAGUCCAAGGCCUUCCAGUAUUUCAUGUACUUGGUGGUGGCAGUCAACGGGGUCUGGAUCCUCGUGGAGACAUUUAUGCUGAAAGGUGGGAACUUCUUCUCCAAGCACGUGCCCUGGAGUUACCUCGUCUUUCUAACUAUCUAUGGGGUGGAGCUGUUCCUGAAGGUCGCCGGCCUGGGCCCUGUGGAGUACUUGUCUUCCGGAUGGAACUUGUUCGACUUCUCCGUGACAGUGUUCGCCUUCCUGGGACUGCUGGCGCUGGCCCUCAACAUGGAGCCCUUCUAUUUCAUCGUGGUCCUGCGCCCCCUCCAGCUGCUGAGGUUGUUUAAGUUGAAGGAGCGCUACCGCAACGUGCUGGACACCAUGUUCGAGCUGCUGCCCCGGAUGGCCAGCCUGGGUCUCACCCUGCUCAUCUUUUAUUACUCCUUCGCCAUCGUGGGCAUGGAGUUCUUCUGCGGGAUCGUCUUCCCCAACUGCUGCAACACGAGUACAGUGGCAGAUGCCUACCGCUGGCGCAACCACACCGUGGGCAACAGGACCGUGGUGGAGGAAGGCUACUAUUAUCUCAAUAAUUUUGACAACAUCCUCAACAGCUUUGUGACCCUGUUUGAGCUCACAGUUGUCAACAACUGGUACAUCAUCAUGCUACAAAUCACGGUGGGGUCUGCGAAGAGCCGGGGCCAUGGAGCAGCCUGUGUAGACGGGGACCUGCCCUGCAUGGGCACCCCCUCACUGGCUGCUUCCCUCGGUCUCCAGGAAGGCGUCACCUCUCAGACCUCCCACUGGAGCCGCCUCUACUUCAUGACCUUUUACAUUGUGACCAUGGUGGUGAUGACGAUCAUUGUCGCCUUUAUCCUCGAGGCCUUCGUCUUCCGAAUGAACUACAGCCGCAAGAACCAGGACUCGGAAGUUGAUGGUGGCAUCACCCUUGAGAAGGAAAUCUCCAAAGAAGAGCUGGUUGCCGUCCUGGAGCUCUACCGGGAGGCACGGGGGGCCUCCUCGGAUGUCACCCGGCUGCUGGAGACCCUCUCCCAGAUGGAGAGAUACCAGCAACAUUCCAUGGUGUUUCUGGGACGGCGAUCAAGGACCAAGAGCGACCUGAGCCUGAAGAUGUACCAGGAGGAGAUCCAGGAGUGGUAUGAGGAGCAUGCCAGGGAGCAGAAGCAGCAGCGACAGCUCAGCAGCAGUGCAGCCCCCGCCGCCCAGCAGCCCCCAGGCAGCCGCCAGCGCUCCCAGACCGUUACCUAGCCCAGCGCCCGAAAGCCGUCUCUUCUAUGCAAUAACACAAUAGUAUUACUCUACUGCGAUGUACGGAACUGCGGUGUGUGUACACAUACUCACGUAUAUGCACAUAUUUAUAUACAGGAAGAAAGAAGACAGACAAGAUGGGGCUUGGUUUAUAACCACCUUGCCCUGUCUUCCUUAACUCCAGAAGCCAGUUUGGUGAGGGGUGGGGUGCGGCCACCAGGUCUGAGCUCUUCCUACUGUGGAAGGCUCCAAAAGGCCCUUCACAAGGAGACCCCCUCACCUGGAUCCAGUCGACUGCGGGGCUUGCCCCUCAUGUGGGCUGGCCUCCAUCGGCCACGUCCAAAGCUGUCACUGCUACUGCUUCAGGCUCAUGUCCCCACGACCUGAUGGCGUGCCCGCCCCCUCUCCCUGCGGCCCAUGCCACAGGUUUCUGUGUUUUGCUUUAGGGACAGAACCACUUAGGAAGGAAAGAACUCCCGGUCUCCAGGGUGGUAUUUCAGUGUCUGUGAUAAUGUCACGCAACACCUCUUCGGGGACCAGUGCCCAGGAUCUAAUGGGAAGCGGAAUUGGGGCAACUGUGCCCAUGUGGCCAGAGCUCAGUUAGCCAGUGCCGGGCGGCUGCAGAUUACACUGACCAAUCUCCUCCCUUGGCUCUGCAAGCCUCCCACCCAGCCUUCUCUGGCUUAAUCCUUGUUGGCGAAAACUCUUCCACAGUGGCCUCCUUGGGGACCCAGAACCCGGAGGAAGGGGCAUGAGGCAGGAAGUGGGGCCGAUGUCUGCAACCCAGACCACUUCGUGGAAUGGGUUCUUGACCAAAUCCCUUUUUUUGCAAUUUACCCGUUCAAGCAAAACAACGUUUUGGUUAACUAAGGAUUGUGCUAAAGCUGAUACCAGGUCCUUCACACGUGUGCACUAGGAACAGGAGCGAACAGCACAGAGAGACGCUCCCUGUGGGACGCAGCAGCCCCGUGGCCCUGGCCCAGUUCCCAGCCACCCUCCCUGGCUCUGCUCACACCAGAGAUUUCCAUAGCAGGAGCGGUUGGUGCAGAAGUAGGUUCAGAUGAACCUCAGUUAACGUCGCCACCCCUCCUCCCACCAUGGUACCCUGUAGGAGCCCUGUAUGACAUCUGAGCGUGGUGGAGGUAGGAGGGUUGCCAGCUGCAGUGACCUUGCCACAGAGGCAGGGUCAGUGCAGAGGUCGCUUUGGUUCCGCUUCCCUGGGCCACAGAACGGAACACAGCAUAGGUUCUGCAGCAGGAGCCGCAGUGGCAGGAUGGAGGGUGCGAAGGGCAAGGAGUGCACUGCUGGGCAUUCCUGGCCAGCCCCGGCCCUCUGGUGCCUGCUUCCUGUGACUUCAGAAGGCAGGUGGACAGAGCCUCCCUCUGGCCUUGUCCUUUUCCCAGCCACAGAACGGGCAGGGUGGCACCCAACCCCAGGGGAGCAGUACCUGGUCCCCCACCCCCUCCUCCCAACCACCUCCAAGGCCAAGCUGGGUCCCAUAGCCAGCACGGCAUGGUUCUCCCCUUCCCCCCUUCCCAGGUCAGGGGAGUUGGACAAGUGGCAGGUGUUUGUUUUUAAAGCACAGCCCUUUGGGAAAGCAACACAUUAUUGAGACUCACUGUGAUUCCCCCGGGAGUCACACUGGCUUUGUCCUCUUCCUCUCUGGAGGGCCAUGGGCCAUCAGCGGGAGCUCCACAUCGAGCCCCAGGCCAGAACCCCCUCCCUUUCACAGAGAGGGAACUUUAUUGCACAAUUGGGUGCCUUUUAGCUUUUGUGUGUUGAAAUGGGCAUUUUGGAAGCAAGGGUCAGGGGACAGCUUCUAAAGGUGUGAGUCUCUGACCUGAGCAUCUGGGCCUCGCCUCGGCCCUUCUUCCUCCCCAGGGGUGGAAACGUGGAGGGGCCAGCAGCGCCCCGGGGUCUGCCCAGGGGAGUCAAGGCCCCGAGGUGGGGGGGCCUAUUCCAGGAGGAGUGGGAUGUCGGCCCUGUCCAGAGCGAGUUAAUGUGUCCAUCUGCCCAACCCUGUCCUGAGAAAGGACCUGGUUUUGGCCAGGACCUGACAAAUACCCAAAGGCAGCAGUGUCAACAGACGGGAGUCCAGCCAGUGUGGGUGCCCUUGUCAUUGAGGUUAGGGACAGCUAUCCCCAGGUUAUGCCUGGCCCCACCCAGCAGGGAGUUGGGGUCCCCCCACAGGCUGUGAGCUCUGUGGGCCCUGGGAUGUGAUCUAGCUCAGAUGCCCUCUCAUCCUUGAUGUCACAGUUGAGUGCACCCAAGUGGCACCCACUGGCGGCCAGGGGCACAGCCUGGUGGUGGCGGCAAUAGAACUGUGCCCCUCCUCAGCUCCUCGCUUCCCCUCCCACAGCCCCAGCCUUACUCCACCAUGCGGACAAUCAUUUUGUACGGGUCACCGGAGCAAUGCUAUACGGUUUUGUACAUUGGUGGUUUGUUUCCUAGAAAACCCACUGUGUCUCUGGAUUUCUAGCAUAUUACUAAAAGAGCCUCUGCUUUGUAAA